AUGUCUUCUGCUGUCCAGCAGGUCCACUCCCGUGGCAUCUACCACGGCCUACCAACAUUUCCUCCAGAUGUGAAAGACCUUACGGCCAUUGUGACCGGCGCCAACGGCAUCUCGGGGUACUACAUGCUGCGUGUCCUCUCCCAGGCUCCUGAACGCUGGAAGCGCAUCAUCUGCCUGAGCCGGCGCCCACCACUGGUUGCCGGAGGCUUGCCCAAAAAUGCAGAACACAUCGCGGUGGACUUCCUCAAGCAGCCCGAAGAGAUUGCGUCGGUGCUCAAGUCGCACAAUGUCGACCGCGUGGACCACGUCUUCUUCUUCUCGUACAUCCAGGUCGAGCCGAAGCCGGGCCAGGGACUCUGGAGCGACGCCGAGGAAAUGUGUCGCGUCAACGCGCUGUUGCUGGAAAACUUCCUCGGGGCCCUCGUCCACGCCCAGAUCAAGCCAAAACGGUUUAUGCUUCAGACGGGAGCAAAGAACUACGGCGUGCACCUGGGCCCGACCAAGCUGCCGCAGGAAGAAUCGGACCCGCGGGUCGAGUUGGAGCCCAAUUUCUACUAUCCCCAGGAAGACGCCCUGUUCAAGUACUGUCGUGAACAGGGCGUCGGGUGGAACAUCCUUAUGCCUGGACCUAUUCUGGGUGCUGUGCCGGACGCGGCCAUGAACGCGGCGUUCCCACUGGCCGUCUAUGCCACCGUCUGUCGCCACAUGCACACGCCGCUGGAGUUCCCCGCAGACGAGGUGUCGUGGCAGGCAUAUUGCAGCAUGUCGAGCUCGAUGAUGAAUGCCUACAUGGAGGAAUGGGCCGUCUUGACCCCGGCGGCAGAGAACCAAAAGUUCAAUGCUUGUGACAAUAGUGCCUUUACCUGGGAAUCUGCCUGGCCCAGGAUCGCCGGCUGGUAUGGGAUCAAAUGGACAGGGCCCGAUGACAACGCAGAGCACGUCGCGCGAGAAACCCGCUUCAACCCCCGAGGAUAUGGGAGAAAAGGCGUGUCCCGCCGGAAAUUCACGUUUGCCGAGUGGGCAAAGAGGAAAGAGGUGACGCAAGCAUGGAAGGAGAUUGCAGAGCAAUAUCAGCUGCCCCAGAAGGAACUGAAGGAUGUUGAUCGCGUCUUCGGUUUUCUGGAUGGCACCGUCUGCCGUGCAGCGCCGCUCGUAUUUUCGACAGACAAAGCUCGAAAACUGGGCUGGCACGGUUUCGUCGACUCUGCAGAAUCACUGUUGGAAGUAUUUGAAGAUCUGGCCAAGUUAAAGAUGAUACCUCCGGUGCCCAAGGAAGAGGUCAAAUUCAAUUGA